AUGUUCAACUCUAGAGCUGUGUUCACACGGCCGACAGCAGACAGCGUGUGGUGCUGGUUCAGAGUCACAGGGAGCUGCUCUAACUUAACACAGACAGGAGAAAGACAGACGCCUGAAGACAUCUGCAGACAUGAAGACUGCACUCAAGCUGCUGCUGUCCCUGGCCUUAGCUGUGGCUCUGUCCAUCAACACAGCAACAACUACAACUACAGCACCAGCAACGAAUACAACUACAGCACCAGCAACAACUACAACUCCAGCAACAACUACAGCACCAGCAACAACUACAACUACUGCACCAGCAACGAAUACAACUACAGCACCAGCAACAACUACAACUCCAGCAACAACUACAGUACCAGCAACAACUACAGGACCAGCAACAACUACAGCACCAGCAACAACUACAACUACUGCACCAGCAACAACUACAACUCCAGCAACAACUACAGUACCAGCAACAACUACAGGACCAGCAACAACUACAGCACCAGCAACGAAUACAACUACAGCACCAGCAACAACUACAGUACCAGCAACAACUACAGCACCAGCAACAACUACAACUACUGCACCAGCAACAACUACAGGACCAGCAACAACUACAGUACCAGCAACAACUACAGCACCAGCAACAACUACAGCACCAGCAACGAAUACAACUACAGCACCAGCAACAACUACAGUACCAGCAACAACUACAACUCCAGCAACAACUACAGCACCAGCAACAACUACAGCACCAGCAACAACUACAGGACCAGCAACAACUACAACACCAGCAACAACUACAGCACCAGCAACAACUACAGGACCAGCAACAACUACAACUACAGGACCAGCAACAACUACAACUACAGUACCAGCAACAACUACAGCACCAGCAACAACUACAACUACUGCACUAGCAACAACUACAACUCCAGCAACAACUACAACACCAGCAACAACUACAACUACAGUACCAGCAACAACUACAACUACUGCACCAGCAACAACUACAGCACCAGCAACAACUACAACUCCAGCAACAACUACAACACCAGCAACAACUACAGCACCAGCAACGACUACAACUACAGCACCAGCAACAACUACAGUACCAGCAACAACUACAGCACCAGCAACAACUACAACUACAGCACCAGCAACAACUACAACUACAGCACCAGCAACGACUACAACUACAGCACCAGCAACAACUACAACUACCAGCAACAACUACAGCACCAGCAACAACUACAACUACAGCACCAGCAACAACUACAACUACACAACAACUACAGUACCAGCAACGACUACAAACACAGCACCAACAACGACUACGACUACAGCACCAGCAACAACUACAACUACUGCACCAGCAACAACUACAGCACCAGCAACGACUACAACUACAGCACCAGCAACAACUACAACUACAGUACCAGCAACAACUACAACUACAGUACCAGCAACAACUACAACUACUGCACCAGCAACAACUACAGCACCAGCAACAACUACAACUACAGUACCAGCAACAACUACAACUACAGUACCAGCAACAACUACAACUACUGCACCAGCAACAACUACAGUACCAGCAACGACUACAACUACAGCACCAACAACGACUACGACUACAGCACCAGCAACAACUACAACUAUUGCACCAGGAACAACUACAGCACCAGCAACGACUACAUCUAUAGCACCAGCAACGACUACAACUAUAGCACCAGCAACGACUACAACUACUGCACCAGCAACGACUACAACUACUGCACCAGCAAAAACUACAACUACAGCACCAGCAACGACUACAACUAUAGCACCAGCAACGACUACAACUACUGCACCAGCAACGACUACAACUACUGCACCAGCAACAACUACAACUACUGCACCAGCAACAACUACAACUACUGCACCAGCAACGACUACAACUACAGCACCAGCAACGACUACAACUACUGCACCAGCAACGACUACAACUACUGCACCAGCAACAACUACAACUACAGCACCAGCAACAACUACAACUACAGCACCAGCAACGACUAA